AUGACAUCAAACAGAAUAUGGCUCGUCCUGCCACUGGCCAUCAUGCUGGCGACACUAAUCCUGGCCAAGAGCUCUGUCCAGGCAGCACCAGUCGAGGAGGUGAACAAGGGCCCGAAGCAGGACCAGUUGAGUUCCACAAUUGAGAUGGACAGGCAACGCAUCGACUGCAAAUUGACUCUCGAUGCGGCGACAAUGGACUCGUUAGGCUGCCACGAUGAGGUGGUGGCUGCUGCUGCUGCUGCUGUGCCGGAGGCAAGUAGCACGGAUAAUAAGCCGGUCCAACUGCAGCGCCACUUGAAGUCCUCCGAUAGUCAGCCCAUCUAUGAAUUACAAUUGGUUGUUUGGCCCAGUGACAUUGAGGAUGGUGAUGACUUCAAUCCGCUAGAGGAUAGUACUACCACCACAACAACAACAACAACAACACCAACAACAACACCAACACCAAUAAGCACUACAACAACAACAAAAACUACGACCAUAACACCACCCACAACCACAACAACAACAACAACACCUAUUGAACAAAUCUGGCCAUUGUAUGAGGAUCAAUUGGUUGUAUUUCCGCAAAUGGACUUUGAAGAGGAAAAUCUUGAUUAUUUCUUGGAUGAAGCAGCUCCAGCAGCACCAGCAAUAUCUGCAACCACUGCACGUCCCUGGCCCAUAGAUCCCACUGGCACAACCACACCAACACCCACUUAUGUUGUUGAAAAUUAUCACGUCAUACAUCCCAAUGGAACCGAAGAGUACAAAUUAGUGCUGAGCAACGGACUGGCGAACUAUAAGAAACUCUACACGAAGCGGGUGGGCGAACGGCAGAUCAAUGUGCAGGAGGGCUACAAUUCGGUGCCCAUCGCAGGUCGACGCAAUCUGAUACAAACGCAGUAUUUCAUCGCCGAUGAGCGUGGCUACAAUGUCUAUAGGAUUGAGCAAAACUAUCAUCAGCCAGGGUUGCCCAAACAUUUGCAUUACAAAGCCACAAAAGCGUCCAAUAUGUGAGCAGGGAUGGGGAUGAGAACAAGCAUUCGAAAAUGCGCGAUGCACAGUGGUCGGAACUACAUAGGAGUAGCACUUAAUAAUUUUUUUUUCAUUUUUUUUUUUAACUUUUAAUACGUCCGGAAUAAAUUGUUU